GAUCGCAUACAUACCUACCUUCUGACUGCCCGAAGUCACUCCACUUGGCGCACAACGACUUUAGAACCACGCUGCACCUGUCUGAGGAACCGACUGUCGGCGGCUGACUGCAAUAGGAGGAGAAUAUUUAAGAGCGCUGCAAUGCACGGGAGCGCGUUAGUAAGGUUUUACAAAUCAACUUAGAGGGUCGAUUGCAGUGAGUUUGAAAAUUGCAUUUCCAUAAUUGCACUAUCACUAAAAUCAGAAGGCUAAUUUUGCCCAAGAAAAGAAAGUGGGUUUUACAAAAACUUGUGUACCACAUAAAUCUGGCUGAUAUUCCUCUGUACCAAGUAUCCAUAAGAAAGUACCGUUUAUCCUACAAUUACUUCAAAUAGAUGACCAUUUGUCAAAUAGAUUGGUGUCAAUGCUGAGACCCUCGCCAACUGAUACCAAGCUGAAGCUUCUAAAGUCCUUGCACUUAUCCAAAAAUCUCGCUGUUAGCAAAGGUUCGCGCACCGGCAAUACCGCCAACAAUUUAGAACUUAAGGUUCUAACCCAAAUCCAACACGUGCCGUGAACAUUAGCGUGGUCUGUGGAAAACUUGAGAUUUCGAGCAACACUUUAGUAGACUUCAAAACAAAUUGGCUAUUUGAUUUCCUCCUCAAAAGAAGAAUAUACGUCCGACUUUGCACCCUUCGUUUAAUUCAUCAACAUGGUUUACACCGAGCGUACCGAACGUUACAUUGAACCAACCGAUCAGUGCAGCACCAGCGCUGGUAGCAGUAAAUCGCAUACCGCCUCCUCCAAAUACUCGAAGGAGCAGCACUCCUCGAGCAAUUCAAGCGCCUACAAGAAUUCGAGUUGGGAAACUAAGCAGCCGCCUUCGGAGGAUAAGUGGAAGUAUAAUAAUAUGGUACGCAAUGAUCGCGAAAAAUUUAACAGCUUACAUUUUUGCUAAAUUACAUUGGUAUCCGCAUCCUGAAACACACCCGAAUUUGUGCCCCCACCAAAUACAUAUGUACAUACGUAAAGACAGAUUUAUAUACUGCUAGCUACAAUAAAACUUGUCCGCUCAUUCAUUUCCAAUCCCCGCUAUAAUACUGCAAUUGCAUUCUAUUCGAAGUUGUGAAUAGUUGAGUAAGAACCUUACUAAUGUGAUCUAUAAUUUAGUGAUUAGUUGAUACAUUUAAGCAUUUGUAUGUUAAUUCGUAUGGACGUGAAAAUCCCCAGAGGGGUGUUGGCAAAAUAAAAUGAAUAUAUACAUUCAUACAUAUGUA